AUGGCUGUCUCGCUCGCACUACCGUUGUUUUCCACACACAUGGGGAUUCGGCAGGCCCCUCCGGACAUCGAAACGCAAAAAGCCGUGGCCAACGUCCCGUUCACCCACCUGAGCAGCAAGUUUCUUGCCAAUUGGUUGCACGAGGAGAACAAAAACUACUUACAGCUUCUCCAGGCUGCAUGGGCAGUUUCACUUAGAAGUUAUUCUGGCUCUAACGAUUUCUGGUUUAGCUGUCUGAAUUCAAAAAGGUGCUACUGCCAUGUUGAGCCCUCACAGUCCGUGCGGAGCCUUUUUGAUAUCAGCCGCGUCGAGUUGGACGAGGAAGUUAACGCGACUUUCCUGGGGGUCAACUCUGUUGUCUAUGUGGAUGAGGGACACGAAGAAAAUUGUGGCAACACGAGCCUUUAUGCUCUUAAAGAGUUUGAUCUUGCCAUUUAUAUCUCAAAAGGGACAAAGACACAUUGCCCUAGCGUUGGGAUUCACCACAACCUCUCGGUCAUAUCAGCUGAUCUGGCUACGAUGAUUGCGGCAACAGUAGCCAAGGCUACUGAGGAAAUCGUCUUUCAUAUUGACUCUCCGAUUGAAGUGCUCGAUAUAUGUAGUGAUGCAGACAUCAGCUGUCUACUUCAAUGGAACAGUGCACCAGGUGAUGCAAUCUCUUCAGCACACUGCAUACACCACAUAAUCUCCCAAAAAUGCGCUACACAGCCAGAGUCUAUCGGUGUGUCAGCUUGGGAUGGUGAUUUCACCUAUGCCGAGCUGGACUACCUGUCAUCAGCGCUGGCAAUACGGCUCCAACACCUUGGGGUUCGCCCAGAAGCCUUCGUCCCUCUUGUAUUUGACAAAUCAAAAUGGGCAGUCAUUUCCCUGCUAGGUGUCAUGAAAGCUGGCGGUGCUUACUUUUUUCUCAAUCCUUCCCAUCCGAUACACUAUAAUAGCAGUUUGUGCUCAUCUGUGCGUCCUGAAAUUGUGCUAUGCUCGUCGACGCAUAGCACACUUGCUAAAUCUUUUGCGAGCAGUGUCAUGACAAUUGGAGAGGAAUUCUCUCAACUUCUUGACUUAUCAUCUGUCGAUGAAAAUUCUCCACAAUCGACAGCGGAAACAAGCGCCUCCAAUGCCAUGUAUAUAACUUUCACUUCCGGGACUACGGGCAAACCUAAGGGCAUAAUAACUGAACACUCUGCCUUUUACUCUAUGGCUAUGGCCAAUGGCAAAGCGCUUCAAGUCAAUCCUACGACAAGAAUGCUACAAUUUGCAUCCUACACAUUCGAUGUGAGCAAUCGUGAUAUGCUUAUUACACUCAUGUUUGGCGGUUGUAUCUGCAUCCCUUCUGAAGCCGAUCGUCUGAAUGACCUUUCUGGGUUCAUAAAUCGCCAUUCUGUCAAUUUGGCAAGUCUGACGCCAUCUUUGGCCAGUACCCUGACUCCCACUUUAUGUCCGAGUCUUCGAGCAUUGGUUCUUGGAGGCGAGCCUAUGACUGAUAGCCACAUCUCUACUUGGGCCAAACACGUGCGACUCUUCAAUGCCUACGGAGUCAGCGAGAGUUCUGGAAUAGCAGCAUUGGCAUCGGACAUAAGAGCAAAAUUUUCCCCAGGGAAUAUAGGAUUUGGAUGCGGAUCAAAAUUAUGGGUCGCUAUGAUUGAUCAACCCGAAAAACUGGCACCGAUUGGCGCACUGGGUGAAUUGGUUAUUGAGGGUCCAUCCGUUGCACGUGGCUAUUUAGGCGACGAGAAACGAACCGAAAUGAUGUUCACCUCAACUCCGGGGUGGAAGAAAAGGAUUUGUGAACAAUUCAGUAAUGAUCGUUCAUGGAAGCGGUUUUUCCAUACGGGGGAUUUGGUUCGUUACAAUCUUGACGGGUCGCUACAGUUUUUCGGAAGAAAAGAUCAUCAAGUGAAGAUUAAUGGGCAGCGACUUGAGCUCACAGCAAUUGAGCAUCACAUAGCGGCAUGUCUCGACGUAGCCAAAUCUGGCUUUCUUCAUAUAGCCGUUGUAACUGCCAAAAAUGAGGGCAAUGGCUCCAUUAAGCUUCUCGCCUUCCUAGGCCUCGAUACGUCUAGAGAGUCUCACAGUCCGUCUCAAAUGAUGUCAAAACAGCUGAAAGACAUGAAAGUCCUGAAAGCAACACUCAAAAAACACCUUCUGCAUUGUUUACCAACAUACAUGGUUCCAGUUGAUUUCGUAUUUCUGCAAAAUAUGCCGCUCACAACAUCAGGCAAAAUUAAUCGACUCUGUUUACAAGAAUCAGCUGUACAUGCGCUAUUCGACAACCAGACGAGAACCAUUGAUAAAUCUGAUUCAAAUCACAAUCGAAUCGCAGCUACACCCAGAGAAAGAGUCCUUAUCCAUUCCUGGGCUACGAUUCUGGGUAUCAAAGAUGCAAAUUUCGCGCGCCAUGACUGUUUUUUUCGGCGGGGUGGGGACUCCAUUGCAGCUAUCAAAUUGGCUGCCUUCCUUCGUGAGAAUGGCUUCAUAAUAUCAGUGUCUGAUAUCUUCAAGUUCUCAACCCUGUCGGACAUGGCAUCAGUGCUAGUCAAAGACAAUAAGCUUUUGCCACCAGCAGUGCCUGCCCCUUUCUCAUUGAUAGAAAACCCUCAUACCAUACUUGAUGCUAUUUCAGAAGAGCUCCGUAUGCAAAAUGACCAAAUCGAGGAUGUUUAUCCAUGCACGCACAUGCAGCAAGGGUUAAUAGCGUUGACAGUCCAGAAUCCACAUGCAUACAUUGGCAGUUACACCUGGCAGUUGGCAAAAAUGCUUGACGUGGAGAGAUUCACGAAUGCAUGGAAGGCAGUUUGGCUCCACAAUCCAAUUCUUCGUACUAUAGUCGUGCAAAUACCAGACGGUAUCUUUCAGGUCGUCACAAAAGCUGAUAUUCCGUGGGUAAAUGUCACUGACAUCACGAGUUUUGUGGGAGAGAUAGAUAUCAAUCGCGGCCCACUUGUCCAGUUUUAUCUCAGCAAAGACUCUUUCCGGCUAGAUAUUCAUCAUUCUUUGUUUGAUGAGUGGUCUCUUGGUCUGAUUAUCGCACAAGUUGAGCACGCAUACGCCAGGGAAAAGCUUCAUACGCGACCAUUCAGCCCAUUCGUUCAACACCUUCUUCAUGGACGUGAAACUACUAUGGAGGACUUCUGGAUUCAAGAGUUUUCUAGUCUCCAGGCAGAGCAUUUCCCAACUAGCGCAAGGCCCACAAAAAUUGCACAAAUGACUGAGAAAAUAGUCCUGGAACAUCGCCUGCAGCUUGGUACAGGAAUCUCCACCAAGUAUACGCUGUCGUCCAUCGUCCGGUUUGCGUGGGCGAUCAUCCUGUGGCACCAAACAGGUAGUCAAGACGUGCUGUUUGGAGCCACUGUCAGUGGUCGUAACGCAAACAUUAAUGGGAUCGAUCGGCUGAGCGGACCAACAUUGGCAACACUACCUGUGCGUAUCAAACUACGAACAGAUCGACCUGUCCAUGAGGGUCUAUCACAGGUUCAAGACCAAUUUGUCAACAUGAUGCCCUAUGAGCAGACUGGAUUGUCGCGUAUUCGAAAAGCUAGCAAAGAGGCCGCUGAGGCAUGCAACUUCCAGAAUCUACUUGUCGUGCAACCAUAUGAGCAACAAAUGACAUCUCCUUUGUUCGAACCGCCAGAAAACUCAACCUCUUCCUCUGAAAACAUGAAAGCUUUUGCCAGUUAUCCGAUGGUCUUGAUAUGCCGUCCAACAGAAAGCGGAAUCACCAUGAAAGCAGUGUUUGACCCUACUUUUCUGGAACAUGCUGCUGGUUACAGUAUUCUCAGGCAGAUGUCGCAUGUUAUCCACCAGCUCAUUAUGUGCGACUCGUUACCCAUUGCAGAUGUUAGCUCGAUACCCCAAGAGGAUAUGGCUAUGUUGAAAACAUGGAAUCAAUACCUCCCAAAGGCUAUAAACAUUUGUAUCCAUGAUCGCAUUCGGCAACUAUGUAUUGCCCAGCCUGAGGCACUUGCUGUUCACUCAAACAAUUUGGACCUGACAUACGCACAGGUUGAGAGCUAUUCCAAUCAGUUCGCGAAGCAAUUGAUAAGCAUAGGUAUCAUGAAGGGAGAUUUCGUACCCCUCUUACUAGAGAGGUCACCCUGGGUUCCAGUUAUCAUGCUAGCAGUUCUGAAGACUGGCGCUGCAUUUGUGCUACUGGACCUUUCACACCCUCUCAAGAGGCUGCGAACGAUGUGUUCUAUGAUUGAUGCCAAAAUUGUUGUUUCGUUCAAGGAGCACAGUCAUAUCAGUGACAGUCUUCUACUUUCUGUCAUCAUAUUCCACCCCAAAGCUUAUAUGCAGAGUCUUAGUGGACAUGAAUCCCAGCCAAUAGCUGGAGCUACCACCCCUGAUGCACCUGCAUGCGUUGUCUUCAGCUCAGGCUCCACCGGACUGCCUAAAGGCAUUGUGCUUCAACAUAGUGCUCUUACCUCAAGUGCAGCUGUUAUGCGCGACCAUGGAAUGCUUAAAUCUACCAGCCGCGUCUUUCAUUUCGCAUCCUUUGCGUUCGAUAUCAGCAUUGGAGAGAUACUGUUUACUCUUGCGGCAGGAGCAUGUAUCUGUGUACCCCAUGAGGAGGAUCGAAGGGGGAACCCAUCAAAAGCUGCGGGUGAUCUCCAAGCAACUUGGGCACUUCUUACUCCGUCCGUGAUCAAUCUGUUUGAUCCGUCAGAUGUCCCAAAUCUUGAAGUCCUGGGAUCAGCUGGUGAACCCCUUACCCCACAUAUUGUGGAUGUGUGGGCCCACAGAGUAAAACUAUUCGGGAUGUAUGCACCGGCAGAAUGUACUGUUAUUUCUCAUAUCGGAAGAAUAAUGCCCGACACUCACCAAUCCAACAUUGGCCGAAGUCCUGGAGCAGCUUCUUGGGUAGUUGACCCUUUAAAUCACAAUCGGCUCGUCCCUAUCGGUACAGUUGGUGAGUUGAUCGUCGAAGGUCCCGUGGUUUCGUCUGGGUAUCUCAACGAUCCAGAGAAGACAAACAAAGUCUUUAUCACCAGUCCGUCUUGGCUCCCGGAGGUCCGUUCCGUAUCUGGAAGAAUGUACAAAACGGGAGACCUCGUAAGACAGACACCCGACGGCUCACUUCUUUUCAUUGGAAGGAAAGACGACCAGGUAAAAUUGCACGGGCAGAGGCUUGAAGUGGGAGAAGUUGAGCAUGGCAUCACCUCUUUAUGUACGGCCAUCAAAACCGCUGCUGUUGAAUGUAUCAGAAUUCCUGAACAAAACAACCGAGUCACACUUGCUGCGUUUAUUUGUCCGCAAUCAGAUGAAGACUGGGAGCAAUCCUUAAGCGACGAAUCAUUGGAGCUUGGUGGUUUAGAACUGAUUGGCCCCCCAACUGAUCAGUUUUAUUCGACUAUCCAAUUGCUUGAAGAAUCUCUCAGAGAACUUCUUCCAGCAUACAUGGUUCCUUCUUUCUUUAUACCACUUGUUGAUGUUCCUCUUAGCUUGUCGGGCAAAGUGAAUCGUCGUCUACUCCGAGAUCAGUCCUCGAACUUGCCGCUCAAGAGACUAGAGCUAUAUCAGCUGAGAAAUAGGGCUUCGUCCACCGAGGAAGUUCCUGCCACGGUACAAGGCCGGGAAAUUCAACAAAUCAUAAGCCAAGCUCUCAACUUGGAUGUGAAAACACUUCCCAUGAACAGUAACUUUUUCGGCCUUGGAGGAGACUCAAUUUCGGCCAUGCGUGUUUCUAUGCUUGCAAAACGCAGGGGAAUUCACUUGACCGUCGCAGAUAUCUUUACGCAGCAAACUCUCUCCGAAAUAGCUUCAAAGUGCCUUGCAGACAACGGAGAUACCAGAAUAAGCUCUGCUCGUCAGUCUCUUUGCCGUGAACAGCCUGGAUCAAUCUUAAAUUCAUCACUUCAAUACAAAAUUUCUCAUACUAGACUCCCUUCUCGCCUGCCGCAGGGGAUUGUCGAUAACACUGAGGAAGCCAUGCCCGCCACUGAAUUUCAAACAAUGACACUCUACAACUUCUACAAUCGGUAUCUAUGGAUCUCACUGCCUAAAAUAGUUGAUCAAAAGCAGCUACUGAAUGCGUGCGAUCAGCUUGUUCAAAAACACUCCAUCUUACGCACUGUCUUUUACAAAAACGAUGACAACUCAAUUAUACAGCUGACUUUGCGCAAAGUCGACAUCAGCUUUACCCACUAUCAAAAUAUCGAGAAUUUGGAAAAUCAUCUCGCAGAGAAUUCUCUCGCCAUGGAGCCGCCUACAAAUGGCGAGAUUGGAUUUCAGGCACAGCUUGUGACCUUGAAGGAUUCCGAAAUGUUUCUAGCUCUGCGAUUACCUCAUGCCUUAUUCGAUGGGCUUUCACUCGGUAUCAUUUGUAGUGAUUUAAGUUCUGCAUACAGCGGAGAGCAGGUUCCACCUUGCGCUCAGUUUUCGGACCAUAUUCGACAUGUCUGGGGUAAAAGGACACCUGCAACCUACAAUGUAUGGAAGGAGGUGCUGGGAGAUGCCCCAAUGACCAGCUUGAGUCGCAAGCUUUUGCGCAACUGGAAUGGUUUCGACAAAAAGGAUGACACAAAAAUGAGUACAGAUUCGGAGCAGCCAAGCGUGGUGACAGCAAGAGCAGAGACCUUACCAAUCUCUCCUCCACCCAAUAUCACAUUGGCAACAUUGGUCAAACUGGCAUGGGCAAUCACACUCUCUCGACUAUUUACCUCUACCCAUGAAGAGAAUGAAUGCAAACAGAGCUUGGAAGAUGUUGUUUUCGGCCAGGUCGUACAUGGUCGAGGACUUGGAAUUUCCCAUGAAGACCGCAUUGUCGGCCCAUGUCUGAAUAUCAUCCCUGUGCGAGUACACUUCCUUCCACAGUCAAAUAAAUUCCAACUACUUGACCAGGUCCAGCAGCAGCAUGUUCAAACCAUGUCCGUUGAAAAUCUUGGACUUGGCGAAAUCGCCGAUAACUGCACGUCUUGGGAGGCUGGAACAAAAUUUGGAAGCUUUGUGAGGUUCCAAAACUUCAGCGAUGACGACGAAUUGACUUGUCGUUUUGAUGGAUAUACAUGUGAGACAGAUCUGUACAGUCUUCCGAAUCGACCAUCUAGUACGGCCAAUGUACUUGUGGUCCCUCAUGAACAAACAUUGACUAUCACUAUGACGGUAUCCAAUCUAGUAUUGGAUCAAGAGUCUGCGGAUUAUGUAGUUGGGUACUUCAGUGACGUGAUUGGAAGCCUGACAAAUGAAGAGGCAAUCGACAAAUAUCUUGUAUAG